GUAUGAAACAAAAUUAUCAGAUUUUUCAAUUCAAUCUGUCGUAAACAGAAUCAUUGCUCCGUGAAGUUUUAUUACACGUGCCAGCGAAACCCUAGAUUUUUUUACAAAGACUAAAAAUUAUAUAUAAUGGAUUUUCAACUGUUUAAUAAUGAGUUUGUUGAAGAUGAUUACGCUUAUGCAGCUCAAGAUAUAGAUAAUGAGAAUGUAGCGGUUGAAGGUGAUGAAGGUCAAAGAUGUGGAAUUUGCAUGGACGUUGUUGUUGAUAGAGGAGUAUUAGAUUGCUGUCAACACUGGUUCUGUUUUUCUUGCAUCGACAACUGGGCUAGUAUCACCAACCUAUGCCCACUCUGCCAGAAGGAGUUUCAACUAAUUACUUGUGUACCUGUAUUCGAUACUAUCGGAGGCGUCCAACCUGAUGACGGUCCAUAUUCAAGAGAUGAAGAUACUGAUGAGUGGAGUGUUGAAGGAAACAAUAACACUCUUUCUUUUCCCUCAUACUACAUUGAUGAAAAUGCAGUCAGCUGCUUGGAUGGAGACAACUGCAAGAUUCGAGGUCAGUCAGCAAAUUUUGAAGAAGAUCCAGAUCUCGACACAUCAAUUGCUUGUGAUUCAUGUGAUUUGUGGUAUCAUGCCAUUUGUGUUGGGUUCGAUACUAAUGCUAGUUGUGAGGAUUCGUGGCUGUGCCCAAGGUGUUUAGUUGAUCCGACAUCAGAAAAGUCGAAAUUGGGGUCAAGCAACCAUUAUGGACCUGAAAGUUCUAGCAAUGGUCAUUUAGUGGAUGCAACUUUUCCGAUGAAUGUGUCUGUAACUGUUGCUGAUGCAGGAGAGACAGCUGUCGUUGUCUCUGCUAUUGAUAAAAAUCAACAAACCAAAGUACCCAGUGAAAGCACAUAUUCAAGUGUUAAUACCAGUAACAUCUUGAAAAAUGGUAAUCAAGAGAAUGGUGAAUUGUAUCAAAACGUUUUGCCAGCUUCAGAUGCUAGCAUUUUGGAAAGACAGACAGCUGAGAAAACUAUCAAGAUACCUAAGAUAGAGGCAAUGGAACUAGACCCUUGUUUAUUACAGCUCUCCGGGCUAAGCCGAAAGUUUAAAGAAGAAACAUGUGAACCAAGUGUCUCUGAUGGUUUAAGAACUUCAGAGUUGUACAAUAAAAGCAAUAAUGAACUUGAAUCUGAUUUCCAACUUGUUUCAUCUGUGGGCCCUCUAUCUGCUGAAAGUGAUACAACUGAAGCAGUGGAAGAGAAGAAACUCUCCAAAGUAUGUAGGCGACCAGCUGACAAAAAUUCUGAUAAGAAGGAAAAAGAUGGUGGAAUGACAGGUGCAAAGAGAAAGCAAAAACAUUACAGUGCCGAGGAAGGCGAACCCAAAACGAAGACGCGGAACAGUACAUCUUCCAAGAUUGCUAAAAGGGAAGGAAGCAGUCGUGGUGCUCAUUCGGUGACUGAAGCCAAUGAUUCUGUUUCUAAUGAUUCAAGGAACCUGAAGAGUGCAGUGGUUGGUUCUGGAGGUGGAAUUGUGAAGAAACGAAAGGUGGAAACUGAUAUAAGAGAUAUAGUUCAAGGGACACGCCGCAGACCUUUCAAACGGCUUUCUGAGGACAAAGAAGCCUCAUCUGGGUUGAGGAUAAAAAAGAUCAUGAGAAGGGAAACUGACGAUAAAGAGUCAUUAGUGGAAGUUCAGAAUUUAAGGAAAGAAAUUAGAGAAGCUAUACGUAACCGAUCAGCUAACGAGAUUGGAAAUAAUAUUCUUGAUCCAAAACUUUUGGCUGCAUUCAGAACUGCUUUAGCUGGGCAAACAGCCGAAACAAAAAGACCACCACCAUUAGAUGUGAAAGCAAAGAAGGCCUUGUUGCAGAAGGGGACAGUACGUGAAAAUCUAACUAAAAAGAUUUAUGGUACUGGUGGAAAACGUAAACGAGCAUGGACCCGUGAUUGCGAGAUUGAAUUUUGGAAGCAUCGAUGCUCUACAGUAUCAAAACCUGAAAAAGUUGAAACACUGAAAUCUGUUCUUGAUCUUCUAAGAAAGGGUCCUGAGGUUGUAGAGAUUAAAAAGGAAAGUAGUAUUGAGGCCCAAAGUUCGAUUCUUUCAAGAUUGUAUGUUGCGGAUGCAUCUGUUUUUCCAAGGAAUAAUGAUAUCAAGCCUCUUUCGGUGCAACCAACUGCUUUGGUUGAUAGUAAGGAGAGCAAGGUUUCUAUUCCGUACAAAAACGGUGGAUCUGAAACUAUGAAAGUAUAUCCAAAUAAGAGCUCAGACCAGUCAUCUAGAUCAGGUGGGUCUCUCCCGAAGGAAUCAGGCAGUGGAUCUAAUAAUAUAAAGUUUGACAAGAAGAAAUGGGCUCUAGAAAUUCUUGCGAGAAAGAAUGCUGCAUUAGGAAACAAUUCCUCAAAGGGACAAGAUAAUGUGGUGCUCAAAGGAAAUUUUCCCCUCCUGGCUAAACUGCCAGUCGAAAUGUGGCCAAGUUUGGCACCUAGUCGUCAUAAUAAAAUCCCCAUUUCAGUGAGACAGGCUCAACUUCACCGCAUCACUGAGCAUUUUUUGAGAAAAACAAAUAUGCCUGUCAGUCGGCCAACUGGUGAAAUAGAGUUGGCUGUUGCAGACGCCAUCAAUGUUGAAAAGGCAGUUGCUGAUAAAUCAAACAGCAAGCUAGUAUAUGUCAAUUUGUGUUCUCAGGAAUUAUUACACAGAUCAGAUAAUGUGGAUUCUUCCAUUACCCCAGACUCGGAAUCUAAACUCGAACCAAAAGCUGUUACUGAUGAUCUUCCCACCAGUGCUGAUUUUGAUGUUGAUGAAGCACUUAGAAAGGCUGGUCUAUUGUCUGAUUCUCCUCCAAGUAGUCCACAACAAUACGAAGCAGAUAAUGUAAAGGAAGAAGAUGGUCCUGCUAAUGUCUUUGAAAUAGAUUCUCAACCAGAACUUGAUAUAUACGGUGAUUUUGAAUAUGAUCUGGAGGACGAUGAUGCCUUUAUUAGUACUAGUGCAAUUAAAGCCUCUAAAGUUCAACAAGAGGAUACAAAAAUAAAAUUGGUUUUCUCAACACUUGACUCUGAUAGAUCAGACAGUGUGUGGCGUUUUGAGGAUCACGAAGCACCAGUGGUGGUGACAGAUGAUAAUUUAAAAGUGAAAAGUACUUGUAGAAGCUCAAUAGUUGACGGAGCUGAAGAUGAAGUUCUGGGAGAUUGUGAAGAGUUAUAUGGCCCUGAUAAAGAACCUCUUAUUAGCAAAUAUCCAGAAAUAAAGCUCCCUGAUUUGGUACCUGAAAACACUGUUACAGAAGUAAAAGACGAACAAGGAUCAAAUCUAGGCAUCUCUGUUGUCAACCAGUCAUCUGGUGGAGAAGAUUUGCCCAAAAAGCUCCUAGAAGCAGUAGAAGGAAAGGAUAGUCAGAAAGAUUUGCCCAAAAUUUCCCAGGAAACAGUAGAGGAAAAGAAGAAAUCUGAUACUGACAAGAAGCGGCAGCCUGAUAAGCGCAGUUCUGUGUUUAAGAAGGUUGAAGCAUACAUAAAAGAGCACAUCAGACCAUUGUGCAAGAGUGGGGUGAUCACAGUUGAUCAGUACAGAUGGGCUGUCGGAAAAACAACUGAUAAAAUCAUGAAAUACCAUUCCAAAGAUACCAAUGCCAAUUUCCUUAUUAAAGAAGGGGAGAAAGUUAAGAAACUUGCUGAACAGUAUGUUGAAUCUGCUCAAAAGGUGGAAAAUAAUAAAUAGAAUGCAUAACAUUUCUGAAGAAUGCAUAUGAUAAAAUGCUAGAGCAGCAUUCAAGGCUACCGUAAGGUAGAAAAUAAGUGCAAACGCAAUAUGUGUUCAUUGUUCCUCCAAUUUCGGCUUCGACAGUUUUGAGUAAUGCAUAUGACAAAAUCAUAUUGAGCAGGCUGCCGAAAGGUAAAAAGUAACACAAGGUGGCUAAGGAUGCCCGGGGUACAUAUGCCUUACAAGUGGAUCAUGUUAAGGUUGCCUUCUAAAGGUAGAAAGUAACAAAUGGAGGCCGUGUAUAAGAUAGUUUUUGGUAUAUCUUCAGAGCAGAAGAAAUGUAAAAAAAGUUUAAAAAAUCGAAUGAUACAAGUGAAUUAGCCGAUGCUGGAGGUAUGUGAUCCAUGAACUGUAGUGACUUCACUGAUAGGAUAUAUUGUAAAUGCAAAUGGCUCAUUUUCCCCUUUGGGGAAUACCUCUUUUGCUUUGUAAAAGUGACAAGAUAUCUCUGAUAUAAUUUGACAAAAAAUACCAUCAACUAAGUUCCUAAA